AAGCAUUCCGUUAUCUUACGUAGGCCGUACAUUGUAAGUAGUAUCUCCAGACACUCUUCAUCAAAAUGAAUAAUUAUCAUAAGAUUCCACUUCUGAUGCUGUUAGUAAUCACACCAAAGCCUUCUCAACUAACUGAUCUUGGAAAUCCUCUUAUACUAACACCCUUAAUAUCCCAAGGACGAAUAUCAGAAGCCAAAGAAGCAUCGGCAGUAACAUAUCCAGAUUUAGUAGGACCGAACGGCGCGAUAUCCAGCUAUUCAGGAUAUUUUACAGUGGAUGAACCAACUGACUCGAACCUAUUCUUCUGGCUCUUCUUAUCUCAAAACAAUCCAGAAAAUGACCCGGUGGUCUUAUGGCUUCAGGGUGGUCCUGGUGCUUCUAGUAUUUAUGCAACUUUCACUGAAAAUGGACCAUAUGUUCUUGAUGAAAACUUAAAGAUCAGUUAUAGAGAAUACACCUGGAUUGCUAAUCAUUCUGUAAUUUUUAUAGAUAAUCCAGUUGGAACAGGCUUUAGCUUCACCAACGAGGGAUUUGUCUCAAACGAAACUCAAGUCGGAGAACAUCUCUAUGAUGCUUUAAUCCAGUUUUUCACAUUAUUUCCAGAGCUUCAGCAGAAUGACUUUUUUAUAACCGGAGAGUCUUAUGGUGGUCAUUAUGUGCCAGCAAUUUCACAUACAAUUCAUCAAAAGAACCCAUCUGCAUCUUUAAAAAUUAACUUAAAGGGACUUGCCAUUGGAAACCCACUAACUGAUGCCAAAUAUCAAGCAGAUUAUGGGGCAUAUUUGUACUAUUUAGGACUUAUUGAUGAGAAUGUUAAAUCUACUUUGGACGAUUUACAUGGAGAAUUUCUGUUAGCUGUUGAUAAAGAAAAUUUUACAGCUUCAACGACUCUUUUAAAUAAAAUAAGAGAAGUGGCUCUGGAAGCAUCUGGAAUACCACAAAGUUACAACCACCAAAGCUUGCUUCCUGAAGAUCCUUAUUAUUUCGAAGAUUACUUGACUCAGCCUCACAUUAGACCAGAAAUUCAUAUAGGAAAUGUGUCUUAUGGUACCACCGAUUCAAUAGUUGCGCAAUAUUUGUUUGAAGACAAGACAAAAGGCGUGAGUGAAUGGUUAGGGGAGUUAAUAAACAAUUACUCAGUUCUUUUGUAUAAUGGUCAAUUGGACACUUUAGAUCCGUACCCGUUGAUGGUGAACUUAAUUAGGAAUAUUAAUUUUGACAGUAGAAAUGAUUAUUUGAGAGCUAAAAGGAAUAUUUGGCAUGUGGAUGAUGAAAUUGCUGGAUAUUGGAAAUCGGUGAACAACUUUACUGAAGUGAUUUUACUGAAUGCUGGCCACAUGGUUCCUUUAUAUCAACCUAAGAGAGCAUGCGAUUUAAUUUAUAAGUUUGUUAGAAAUAUAACCUUAAAUUGAUUUUGAUGAUAUAUUAUUAUUAUAGUCAAUAUAAUUUCACGAUUUUCUUCAA